AUGGUUUUCGCAUGUUUUGGCAACCACCUUGUGGUAUGUGGGGCGGCAAAGGUGGUUUUAAGCGCUGCGGUUGCCUCAGCCUAUGCAACCUUCCCGCUGCGCAGCAAUGCCCUGGGCUUCUCGGGUGCGGAGCGAGCAGAGGUCCUCUCUGCAUACCCACUGCUUUACCUGGCAAUGCUUUUCCCUGCCGGCGUGGUAUGUGACAGGGCAGAGCAGGCGCGGCGUGCUUUGGGUGUUGGAUUGCUUGGGCUGGCAAUCAGUAUUUCUGCGUUUGGAUAUUCAACUGCCUUGGCUACCCUCAGCUUGAUGCGCGGCGCACAAGGUCUCGCCAGUUGUGCCGCAGAUGUUUCCUCAGCUGCGCUGGUUGCAUCUGUCGCAGGGAGUAGGUUGGCCUACAUGGAAGGUGUUCUCGAAUCUUGCGAAGCCCUGGGAUGGAUCCUGGGCCCGCCUAUAGGCCAGGAGGGAUUGUAG